CCUCUAUUCUGCUGCCUCAUUCAUCUCAAUCUAGCUUGCUCUCGUCGACUUCACAAAAGAUAGCAAACAACGUGGCAGACAUGCGGGGACGCAGCCGCAGCAGAGACAGACACCGCCAAGAGCGACCGGACGACUCGCGGGGCAGCCCGAGCCGCCGCGCACACAGCAGGUCGAAGUCUGGAGAGCGGCACCGCGACUCAGGCAAAGGAAAGGAGCGGGAAGACAAGGGGAAAGAGCGAGAAGCAGACAGACAACAUGGGAGGCAUCAUAGACGGAGGUCGGGCUCGCGGUCGCACAGUCCACGGCGGCACCACCGAAGACACUCGCGGUCGCACUCGGGCCAUAGGCGGCAUGGCCGCUCGGCGUCGCCCUCGCCCUCGCGGGGACAUCAUUCGAAGGAGAGGCGGAAACGGAGGAGAUCGCGCUCGCGCUCGACUUCAAGCAGCUCAUCCUCCAGCGACUCGGACGACAGUCGGCACAGGCGGAGGAAGGAGAAGAAGCGUAGACACAAAGAGAAGAAAGAGCGCAAGAAAGAGAAGAAGAAGAAAAAGGCCAGUGUCAGCGCCGUGAGCCACCAGUGGGGCAAGUACGGUAUCAUCUCCGAGUCCGACCUCUACACAAAGGAGCAGGAAUUCCGCGCGUGGCUCGUCGAGGAGCGCAAGAUCAACCCCGAGACAAUCUCCAAGGACCAGACCAAGAAGGAAUUUGCGCGGUUCGUGGAGGACUACAACACCGCGACUCUCCCGCACGAGAAGUUCUACCAUAUGGAGGCCUACGAGCGACGGAUGACCGCGCUCCGCUCGGGCGAGUACCUCCCCCCAGCCGACGACUCCUACGACCCGAACGCGGACCUGCGCGCGCUCCAGAGCACACACAAGCGCAAGACCGUCGAGCGCGAAACGUAUAUGAGCAAGGAGCAGCUCGAAGCGCUGCGUCAGGUGCAAGCAGAGCGCAUCCAGGCGGGCAAGAUGAAGUUGCUCGGGAUGGACGUCAAGCAAAACAUGGGCGUGCGUAUGGAUGGGACCAUGUUCGACGGAUGAGGACGACCACUCUAAUUCUUCUGUGUCCGUACAUAAUGCACGGCGCUGCAUUGUCGUUCUCAUUGUACAAUACACAGUGUAUUAGUUAGUGCCCAAUUAGUGCCCUUGCACCCUGUA